AUGACUAUGGCCGAGGAAGCCCCGUCCAAUGGCCAUGUCGCCCCUAAAUGGCGCGGUACCCAGGCCGACCAAGCCGAUAUGAGUGCCCUGGGGAGAGAUCAGGUUCUGCGGCGUAACUUCCGAUUCAUCUCCAUUGUUGGAUUUGGCUGCACAUUGAUCGCUACGUGGGAGGUUGUUUUGACUCUACUGCAACAAGGCUUGACAGACGGAGGUACUGCCGGGCUGAUUUGGGGGUUCCUCAUUGUCGCUGCUGGGUUUCUUCUUGUAUUCUUGAGUUUGGCCGAAAUGGCAUCCAUGGCCCCUACUUCUGGUGGACAAUACCAUUGGGUAUCGGAGUUUGCCCCUCCUAGCUGUCAAAAAUUCCUCAGCUACAUAACUGGUUGGCUGUGCGCCAUGGGCUGGCAAUGUGCCAUUGUGUCGAUCGCCUAUUUGGCUGGAACGAUUAUUCAAGGUUUGAUAGUGUUGAACAAUCCAGAAUAUGGCAUGGAAGCGUGGCAUGGUACCUUGCUGGUGAUCGCCAUCACGCUGUUUUCGAUUAUUUUCAACACCUUUUUGGCCAAGCGACUGCCCUUCGUGGAAGUGCUGAUUCUGAUUCUCCAUGUGUGCGGUCUGUUUGCUAUCGUGAUUCCCCUUUGGGUACUUGGUCCUCGACGCAGCGCGAAGCAGGUGUUUACUGAUUUUAACAAUGGAGGGUCCUGGAACAGCGCGGGGACUGCCACGCUUGUCGGAUUCUCAACUACCAUCACUGCGCUGAUUGGAUACGAUUGCGCAGUGCAUAUGUCGGAGGAGAUCAAAGAUGCGUCUGAGACCCUACCAAAGGCGAUGAUAACCUCAGUCUGCACCAAUGCCGCCUGUGGAUUCCUGGUAUUGGUGACGGUCUGCUUUACCCUGGGCGACGUUGACGACAUCCUGGCCACUCCAACACGGUACCCGUUUAUGCAGGUGUUCUAUAACGCGACAGAGAGUCUUCCGGGCACGAACACCAUGACUGCCAUUUUGGUACUCACCUUGACGGCGAGCACGAUCACAGAAGUAGCAACGGCAUCGCGCCAGUUGUGGUCUUUCGCGCGUGAUCGCGGCCUUCCUUUCUCUGACUUCUUUGGAUAUGUUAACCCCGGUUGGAAUAUCCCCUUGAACGCUGUGAUGGUCUCAUUGGUAGUGACGAUCCUUUUGUCGCUCAUUAAUAUCGGCUCUUCAGCCGCGCUGCUCGCCAUCGUGACUCUUACUAUCAGUGCAAUGAUGUCGUCGUAUAUUAUCACGAUUGGUUGCGUACUUCUCAAACGUAUCAGAGGGGAGCCCCUUCCACCGCACAGAUGGACGCUCGGUCGGUUCGGCAUGGCCAUCAACAUCGGGUCGCUGUGCUUUCUCUGUCCAGUUUUCGUUUUCGCCUUUUUCCCCCUUACCUCGACUGUUGAACCUGAAAGCAUGAAUUGGGACGACACCAUUACAUCCCGCCUGUCGCGCUGGUGA